AUGGUGGAUGUAGGCGACUUCCCUUGUUUGCUCUUUAACAGGCUUGGGCUUGAUGUGAACUUUGUUUAUAACCAUUAUGCUAAUAAAAUCCCUAAUAUUUGGGUGAUUUGGAAGAGACAUUUGGCUGCCCCAGUAAUAAUUUCAGAGACUGAUCAACAGGUUACUCUGAGAUGGUGUUGGCAGCAACAGGAGAUUUAUGUUUCUUGCAUUUAUGCCAAUUGCUUUAGGGCUCUUAGAAGAGAGCUCUGGACGGAUCUUGUUGCAUCUGGGCCUCAAGUGCCAGCGCCGUGGAUGAUAGUAGGGGACUUUAAUGCUAUUUUAGAGUCCCAUGAAAAGCGUGGUCCAGGGGCUUUCAAUGUAGGACCUGCAGCUGAAUAUGGUCCUAUGGUGGACGCAUGUUCUAUGAUUCCAGUUCCUUCCCACGGGCGAAAAUUUACAUGGUCAAAUAAUAGGAGGAGAGGGAAUGUGGUCGUGGUUCUAGACAGAAGUUUCUAUAAUGAUUCAUGGGUAUGGAUUCGUGGCUCUCCUAUUUUUGUGCUUUCAAAGAAACUGAAGAGGCUAAAACCAAUUCUCAAGAAUUGGUCGAUAGAAAAAUUCCCUAACUUUGAUGUUCGGUUGGAAGAGUCAAGGAAGUGUCUAGUGGAGAUCCAAGAGAAAAUUGAGAGGGAUGGUCUUGACGAUAUUCUCUUUUCCAGAGAAGUGGAGGCCAAAUCGGAGUAUCAAGCAGCGUUAGAUAAUUAUGAGAAAUUGGGGGGUGAAAAAUCCCGUAUUAGAUGGAUGAAAGAAGGCGACAGGAACUCCAAAUUCUUCCAUCUCUCUAUUAAGAUGAGAAAAAUUAAAAAUUCUAUUAGUAGCCUGACCAAAUUUGAUGGUACGAUUGUUUCUGACCCUGAACAAAUGGAAGAGUUUGUGGCUGAUUACUUCGAAUCGUUCCAUAAGACUUCCCCUGUAGUUGAUCACUUGGACCUCCUUGAUGCAAUUCCUAGGGUCUUGGAUGUGGAUGUAAUGAUGCUGAAAUUGAUCCCUAGGGAUACGGGGAUUAAAUUUGCGGAGUGGGAGUUAGAUCCAGAUAGCUCUCCAGGACCUGAUGGUUUUUCAGGGGCAUUUUACAAGAAGUGUUGGGAGGUGAUUGGUCAGGAUUUUUGCAAUGCCGUGAAAGAGUUUUUUAGCUCUGAUCAUAUGCCGAAUGGUGUUAACAACUGCUUCUUAGUUCUAAUCCCAAAGGUGGAUGGUGUGGUGCCAUUGGACAAAUUUAGACCCCUGUGUAUGGGGAAUUUCUUUGUCAAAUUAAUUUCAAAAAUCAUGGCAUUGAGACUCAGUCGUCUCCUCCCAAGAUUUAUUUCAGAAGAGCAAGGUGCCUUUCAAAAAGGCAAGGUGAUUCAAUCUAACAUUGGGUUAGCUUCUGAGAUGGUGAAUCUGAUGUUCUUUGCAGCAAGGGGUAGCCUUGGUAUUAAAGUUGAUAUUCAGAAGGCGUACGACACAAUCUCUUGGGGAUUUAUAUUCCAAGUACUGAGAAGAUUUGGCUUUCCUGAGCAGUGGAUUACCUGGCUACAUCAAAUCCUUGUGACUAAUCGCAUUUCUAUCUUGUUUAAUGGUGAUCCGGUUGGUUUCUUUGGAAUGGAGCGUGGUCUUCGGCAAGGUGAUCCCAUUUCCCCCAUGAUCUUUAUCAUUGCGAAAGAGGUGCUCUACAGAGGUUUGCAAAAGCUUUUGUCUGAAAGGAAAAUCACUUCCUUACAGGGGCCAUGUGGUGCUCAUGUCCCGGGUCAUAUAUUAUUUGCAGAUGACAUUUUUAUCUUUACUAAUGCUUCUGCUAGAAAUGUCAGGAACCUUCACUCUUUCUUGAACCGGUAUCAAGAAUUCUCAGGUCAGAAGUUUAAUUUGGAGAAAAGCAAACUCUUUAUGGGCAGAAUUCCGAUAGAUAGAAGAAAUCAAAUCUCAGGCAUCCUUGGCAUUAUGGUCUGUAAUUUUCCAACAAAGUACUUGGGGGUGGAGAUUUUUAAAGGGAGAGUGAAGAAAGAGGUUCUUCUGCCUGUUAUGGACAAGGUGAAGAAUCGUUUAGCUGGUGGAAAGGGAAGAUGCUCUAUGGCGAGAAGAGUUGAAUCGGUUAUGUCGGUCAUCUCUGGUGAAAUUGAUACCACAAAUCGGUUACAGUCCAAUGGGACUAGUAAUGGAGAUUUGAAGAAGGGGUACAAGGCUUCUUCGAUUUGGCCUAGUGUUCGCAGAAUGUGGAGCUUUGUAGGGGACAAGAAGCGAUGGAUUGUUGGCAAUGGACAAUCUAUUAACUUCUGGAAGGAUAGAUGGUGGGGUUCUGAAUCUAUAGUUGAGAAGGUUCAAGGUCUAGAUGAUAUUUUCCAGACUACCAAUGCAAGAGUAGGGGAUUUUAUCUCUAAUUUUGAAUGGCAGAUUCUUGAGGCUCGGUCUAACCUUCUAAAGGACGUCUUCAAUAGGAUUCGAGGUAUAAAGCUGCCUCAUUAUGCUAUGGUAGAUCAUUGUGUUUGGAGCCUUACCACUUCAAGAGAAUUCUCUUCUUGCUCUGCUUGGAAAGAUAUUCGGGCAAGAAAUCGUAAAGCUCCAUGGAAAUCCACUAUUUGGUUUAAAAGACUAUUGCCACGUCUCUUUACGUUUGGAUGGAGAAUUGUCCAUGAGAAACUUUCGACUAAUGACCUGAUAAGGAAGAGAGGUAAUCCAGGAAGAGUAGGAGCUGGUGCAGUUUUGAGAAAUCAUUUGGGUCAAGUGGUGUGUUCUUUUUAUAUUUACCUUGGUGUUAAACCGAUUUUUGAAGCAAAGUUUGUGGCAUUGGUUGAAGGUGUUGCAAGAGCAAAGGAAAUACAGACAACUGCUCUUUGGAUAGAGUCGGAUUCUGUUGCCAUGGAGGUUAACCCUGUGGCAGACUAUUUGGCAAAGCAAGCUGCAAAGACUGGUGGUUCUAGGGAUAUGAUGAGGUUUCCUUUUCAUGUGAAUGAGAAAAUUACUAACGAUGCAAUGGACCAUCCAAAAUUUAGAUUCAAUUUGUCUCAGGUUCUUCUCUUCCUGCUGAUGGCAAUGCCGAAGGUGGGAAGAGAUUAA